AUGAACAACGAGGAAGAAAGGCGUAGGAGGAAGGAAAGCGAUGUCUAUUCUUUGGGGGAGCAACUGCAACCCCAGCAACAGCUACAACAGCAGCAGCAGCAACAACAGCAGCAAGAUGAAGAUUUAAAUAACUUCUGCGGCUCUCGUAUCCUCUUGAAUAAUGCAGAAGAACUCCUUGAAUUCAUUAAAAAAGAAAAUAUCGAAGAAGUCGAUUGCUGCUUUGCUGACCCCCUAGGCCAGUGGCAUCACUGUUCCUUCCACCCAAAUGCGAUUACAGCUGAGUCAUUAGAGCAUGGCUUCCCUUUUGACGGUUCUUCAAUUCGUUUGUUGGCGCCCAUAGAGAAGAGUGAUAUGUUUAUGAUACCAGAUCCAAAGACUUGUUUCUUAGACCCUUUCUUAGGAAGUAAAGUUUUACACAUAACUUGUUCCCUGCAAACAGCAGAAAAGACGCCGUGCAGUCGCUGCCCGCGAACAAUUGCAAAUAAAUGUGAAGAAUAUCUUAAAGCUGAAGGAAUUGCAGAUCAGGUUUAUGUUGGUUUUGAGGCUGAGUUUUUUAUGUUUGAUAACGUUCAAUAUUCAGCAAAGGGAAACAGAGUUGGGUUUUACGUGGAUUGCAAAGAAGAAGCUCACUGGAAUUCAGACAAUAUAUUUAUGCUUGUAGCUGUCUUUUCAAUUCCCUGA